CACUGCGCGAUGGCCGGAGCUAGCGGCGUGCUCGCUGCGAGCCGCGCGGCGCGGCGGCCCCUCGGACGGCAGCCGAGCCCAUGAGCAGGUACGCGGGCUGCUCCGCAGGCGAGGCCGAAACGCGGCCGUUGAUGCGGGCUCCGAGCCCCAUCGGCUGCCUCUCUGGCGUCCGGCUGCGCUCAGUGUCGGAACGACGUCCACGCUCGCAGGCCAUGCUUCAGCCCGACUCGAUGAACGCGGAGACCGCCUCGCUGCCGGGCAGCCGCCGAAACCCGCUCGAUGUCUUCACCAGCAUGUUCAGGCGGCGUUCGCUGCGACCGGCGGGCGGGCCGAGCAUGACGCAGUCGUCGGAUCGGAUCUGGGAACUGCUCUCCACGUCGCCGGUGCGCGUGCGCAACCUGGAGCAGGACAUGGAGGCGCUGCGCCAGUCGCGUCAUGACAACCCUUACCUGCAACAGCAGAUGGAGCGAUUCUCGAUUCAGGACGAGCCCGCGGCGGCCGACGAGCGACAACUGCUCUUCCCGCCCGAUGACUUCCGUGACCUGCACAAGCACCUGAUCCGCAGCCCGCCGCCCCAGUUCCCGCAGGAUGUGGCGCACUUCGUCUUCCCCGGAUCGCCGCCACCGGAGGACGAGACCAUGAUGGAACCCGAGAUGCUGGGCCACGCGGGCCCAUACAGCGCGGAGCCGACGCGCCAGGUGCCGCAGGAAACGCGCGACCAGAUGUCGUCCAGCUACCCGGCGGACGACGUACACCGCGGCUUAGCCCGUGCCGCGGCCACUACCCGGUGAAGGGUGGCGCCGCCCCGCCGAGCCCCGGUUUGCCGGCGGCCCCGCAUCGCUCAAGUGGUCGCCGGUGAACCGAGCGCGUGCGGACCCCAGGGCUCAACGACCUCUGCUGCCACGCUGGCGGACCAGUGGGGGACGCGUCCUUUGGCAGUGCUGCUUCUGCGGACACCGGCGGGGACGUCCCUCGCUUCGCAAAGCUCCCUUCAACAGCAAAUGGUUUUCAAGAGCGACUCAGAGCUGCAAUGGGUCCAGGACGGGGCGAGACGUUUGCGAAAACAGCAGACACUGCGUCCAUACGUUAAAGAGCGCUGUGCUCCUCUUCUGUAACAGAGGCUGCCAAAGGUGGCAACCGUUUCGCGCAGGUUGCGUGGCUUUCCCCGGUAGGUAAAGAAAGUUAACGGGCCAAUUAACGCAAAGCAGCGACAAUUCUUUGCUUUAGAAUGUUGUUGCGUGUGGAUGACGGAAGCAGGGUUGUAGUCGCGACAUGGGUGGAAAAAAAAAGUUGCCAACUUUUUUUCGCCUAAGCUGAUUGGAUCUGUCAGCAAGGGCAAAAAAUUGUGCCAUAACUGUCCGAGCCACUUGCAGCGCGUAGCGGCUGCGGUGCGCGACUUGAGUGGCCUUACUGGCUCUUUCGUGAGCGGCUGGUGCUAACCUGUCAAAGAAUGUUCUAGACGUUGAAGACUUUGGUGCGAAGACCUGCUUGGUCGCGUGGAGAGGAAGCAUUGCAAUACCUGUACAGUUCACAUCAGCGCCAAAAAGAACAGAAAAAAACACGCUUGAAGGCAUUCAUAGAGUUGUUCAAAAAGUUAUAAACUAGGGGCUGAAUUCGCAAAGCUCUUCGUUGUUGGCAGGCGUAUAUAUUCGGUGCGGGACGGGGCUAAACAAAACGUUUCGUUGUUUAAUAGCCAUCUUCACUCAUCCCACAUUUGCUAUCACGAUUGGCUGACACGUGUUCUUACGGACCGCAAUAGCGCGUAUGAAGUGCUUUGUGAAUACGGGCCCGGAGUUUGUUUUUGCUCACGUCUGGGCGCCCAGACGCAUAGAAGUGACGACGACACACGAUAACCUCUUGCUGCCUCCUUGUCUUUUUGUCUCACUUCAUUAAAUAGCAAAGUACGUUCAUUUAGUGGCGCCUAUGCGAAAGAUGAUUGGCCUCUUGUAGCUAUGGAUGUGAGGUCCACAGUAACGCGGUAUUCUUCAUGACGCUGGAGAGAGACACCAUUAAGGUAAAUGUGGAAGCCAGGACCAGAGUUCAUUCAGGCAACCUAAUGCUGGCUGUACAUCGAGACCGAAUCGCGGUACUCUGAAAAUGUGUUUUUUUUUUCUUGUUAUUAAACGUACCUAUCCAUGUUGUUUCGGCUACAGGGCGCAAGCGGCAUAUGUUGGCUCGAGCCGCCCAGUGGGCGCGAAUUGCGGCAGCGAUUAGUCUGAAGGAUUAAUGCUGUGCCAGGGUGAAAGUCCAGUUGCUAACGCUGAGGACGCUAACAUGCCCUUGACGGCUAACACACAUCGUAUGCAAGUACCAGUCAAUGUGGAGUUGAUAAGCCGUGAAAGACCAACAAGCGCACAGGUCAACAUGUCGGUUUAGUGCGCUCAAAGGGCGGCUCCCGCGGCUUCUUGUGAUGUAGUACAACAGUCUUGCGCAUUAUUCUUACCUGCAGUUUAGCGCCUAAAAUGCCUAUCGCUGUGGCAGCGAGAAGCAAUCGUCAGGCGACCCACAAUCCAGACGAAAAUUGAAACAAUGUCCCAAAAUGCGAAAAAAAGCUUGUGCCGUCAGCUUGUCAUACAGGCUUUCUUGUCGUACCGACCGAGUUCGCCUCAUCGUUACGGUACGCCACACUUACGACAUAAAUUGCUGUCGAUAAGACAGGACAACACUGCAGCACCGACAGGCUUGCACUACAGUAGCUUCCGACGAUUUCUGCCGCAUUAUGAACAGUGUGUCUAAAGACACAAAAAGAUACUGUCGCUGGGAGAGAAAUUUCCUGUUGUGUAUUUCGACUGGGCGGCGGAGCUUUUCUUCGCGUGUCAACGCCCGCCGCAGCCCGUGCGAACCAGCAGUUCGAGGUGUCUUCCGCGACGCGCCACUUGUUUCCAAUACAAAGUCGCUCAUGAGGUGCGAAGUCGGUGCGUGUCUCCUGAAAAGUUCAAGCUGAAAUGUCACGUUGUAGACUCUCUCUCCUCCUCUCUGUGCGCGACAUGCGCCCUAACGCAAAAGAGGAAUAAACCUUCUAGUCAUAGACGCUCAUGUGCCAAAGGAAUGCGUCGCUUCUGCGGAGAGCGGGCAGAAGCGCGUCGUUCUGCGUGCCUGCCGCGUAGCUGUAGUUCCUCGAGUGAAAGCGAUCCGUGUGCAAACGCGUUCCUCCUCUGAACGACGGCUCGCGCUCGGUUUCGCGGGCUCGUGCUUCAGCUGUAGCGCGUGCUCGUGUGACCUUCUGCAGCGCCGCAUCGUUUGCGUUGGGUAUGCAAGUAACUAUGCGCGACCAGCCGGCAGUUCGUCACGCGUCUGUCCGCUACCUGUCGAUAUUCUCAGUAUGAUGCUGACAACGGCAAGGUCGCAUGCUUCGAGCUGAGCAACGGUGGAUCCAUCAACUUCGGCGUGGUUCGGCGACUCGACGGGCCGGCCUUGUAUAUAAUGUCUCGUGGUGACGCCGCCGUUGGCAGCCGUCGAGGCUCUUCAGAGCUUGUCGAAUAAAGAGUUUGUUACCUACAAAA